GUCAGCGGCCGCAACACGGUAAUACCGCACCGCCACCCGUCAGCGACCGCGACACGGUAAUACCGCGCCGCCGCCCGGGGCCGGAGAAUUGACGGUCGGAUCGUGUGGCGGCACUGUCGCCUCGGUGAAAACCACCAUUCGCAAUGGCGUGUACGUGGACGGCGAAAGGUAUUCCGUAGUUUUUAACUGGCGGCCCGUGUUCACGUCGACGACAAUCGAGCAGCGCGCGCGCGUUAUGUAGUGUUAGUGUUUUUAUUAUUUUCAUUACCAUUAUUAUUUUUUUUUUCAAUCACAAUAUAUACAAAAUACGUACAUAUAUUAUUAUGCAUCUUAUAUUUUAUCCAUUAUAGUUUUUAUUAAUUUAUGUCCCGCGAAACGAAUGACGAAAACCAAAGACCAAUACGGAAUAAUAUAUUACUAUUAUUAUUAUUGCCUUACAUAAUAGAAUAUAAUAUUAUAAAAAACCGAGCUGCUGCUGCUGCUGCUUCGGCCACCGUUGGAAAAGCUGCAGCCCCCGUGACGUCUGGUCGCUGCGGGAAAGACGUCGAAUCGGAGCCACCGAAAGCUGACGUCUGAGCGUCGUCGCCGUCACCGUCGCGUAUUGAAGUAUGAAUACUGGAAGUUAUCCUACAUUUGUGACCGCUGCGCCGGCAACUUCGUUUAAUACCUGUUCGAGUGCAAACAUGACUCAAGUUAAUACAGGAAACAAAUAUACAAAUGUUCAACAACAAACUGAUGCAUCAAACACCAAUACAGUAGUUAAUACUUCUAAUACUAGUGGUCAAGUUGUUGCACUGUUGAACAGUGAUGAAGCUGGUGUCACUUACUUGAGGCCACUAGAUUCAAAUGGUUUUGCUGUAAAUCUAGCUGGAGUUGGGUCAUCUAACCAACAAGGACAAAUAUUUACUAUUCCCAUAACUGUUCCUGGUUCUAAGCCUGGAGAACAAAGUCAAACUAUACAAAUUCAAGUAGUUGGACAAGGCGGUAUAUCUGGUGAUAAACUUUUGCCUGUUUUUGGACCAGUAUUACAACUAGCUUAUAACCAACAACAAGACAAUGGAACCAUUCAACUUCAAUUACAGCAAGAAGGUGAUGUUUCAAAUGACCAAAUACAUAACAACAACAAUGAUUCAAUGCAAUCGUCGGAUUUAUUGCAAGACGUUCAAGAGGACCAGGAUAUGAUACAAGAUGUUAAACCAGUAGUAAUCGAACAAAGCAGCACAGAUAGUAAUGGUAUACCAUUUCCAUUGGCAGUAGUGGUAAAUCAAGAAAUGGUCGUGCGGCGUAAUCAGCAAGACAACAAAAUAAUUGGCGAUCAAAAAGAUAAUCAGGCGGACAAACGAUUAAGAAUUCAAAAUGAACAAGAUUCAGCAAAUCAAUAUGUUAUGACUUACUCAUCUAAUUCAAAUAAUUCUGUUUCAUUGGCUGAUUAUAUAUCUAUGAAUCAUGAUAAUAUACCUCUUGGACAUUUUUUAAAAUUUUCACCCGAUAAUAACAAAAGAGAUAGUAUGGAAUCAUCUGGUAACCAAGAUGAUGGCACUAGUGAAAUGGUAACUUACGAAGAUACUAAUAGUGGGGAAAAGGGUAAAAGAAAAAAAAAGUACAAAAAGAAACCACCGGCUCCUCGAAAACCACGACCUGGUCAAAUACAUAUUGCAACUGCCUUAGAUGGUACUCUCCUGUUUUGUUGUCCAGAAUGUAGCAUGGCUUACCCAGAUAAAGAAAUGCUUGAACAACAUUUAGUUGCUCAUAAAAUAGAAAGAAGAUUUAUAUGUGACCUGUGUGGUGCUGGGCUUAAACGAAAAGAACAUCUAGAACGACAUAAAUUAGGUCAUAAUCCAGAACGUCCAUUUGUUUGUAAUGUUUGUUGUAAAGGUUUCAAAAGAAAAGAACAUUUAAAUUUGCAUGCUGUGAUCCACUCAGGCGUAAAGACUGAAGUAUGCCAGGAUUGUGGUAAAGGCUUCUACCGGCGAGAUCAUUUAAGAAAACACACUCAAAGUCACAUUACUAAACGUUUAAAAGAAGAACAUGCAGCUCUUCAACAAAUGGCAGAACAAGUAACAGUGACAGAUCGUCAAAAAAUGUCCGUCCCGGAGUUAAUCCAAAAUCAAAGUCAUUCAGGACCAAUCAUUAACUUGGCACACCAAGAAAUGAUAAUUGAUGCUGUUGCUAGUGGAAGAAACGAUAGUCCUACCCCUCCAAGUGAUCAUCAAAUUGUCAUCACCAAAGGCAACCAAAAACUUACUGAACAAGAGUUGAUUAUACUACAGCAGCAGCAAAUUCAGCAGCAGCAACAGCAGAUUCAGCAGCAGCAGCAGCAACAACAACAACAGCAGCAGCAGCAGCAGCAGCAACAACAACAACAACAACAGCAGCAGCAGCAACAACAACAACAACAGCAACCAAAUAGUCCAAAUAUAGCCCAACAAGAGAUGAUCAUUGAGGCUGUAGGACAACAACAUCAAAGUCCAUCUCCACCACAUGUGGAACACCAUCAAGUAGUUAUUACUAAACUAGAACCAAUAGACGAUUCUAGAGGAGAAAAUGAAAGUAUUGUUUUGACUCAGUCUGAUGCUAGAGAAGCACUUGGUUUACUACACCAUCAAUCUCAAUGACCUAUACUUUCAAUUGCCAAGGUGACAAUUAAACAAGAGCCACCAUAAUAAUGCAAGUAUACUAAAGGUAUUCUAUAUUAAUCGUUUCCUAAAAGUCAUUCGAUCUAAAUCAAUUUUAACAUAAUAUGAUACUAUUUUUAAAUUCUACCAAAAAAUAACUUCCAUUAUUUUUUUUAAAAAUUAUAUAGAAACAGAAGUGCUCAAUAUUGUAGAUAAUACAAUUUACUUGGAUGACAUUAUUUUGUAUAAACAGCAAAUAAUUUUGUGAGAUUAGAUAUUAUUAAUGCAAACAUAUAUUUAUAAUUUCUGACUGGAAAAUAAAUGUCAAUAACAAUUUUUCAUUAACCUAGCCUAUUGUUUAUUAUAUAUUGAAGCAUAAAUAUUUAAAAUCCUCAAAUUAUAAUAGUUUAUUUUAACUCAUGAAAAUCAUAAUUUAUAAUUUUAUUAUUGAAUUUGUAAUAUCUUUUGGUUAAAUGGAGGAUUGUGAGGAGAAAAGACUCAUUAUUGCUUAUCUCAAGUAAAUAGGAUACAACAAAAAGAAACCAAUCUCUUGCUCACCCUUCUUUAUUUGUUGAAGAUUUAUGAUUCACCCCAUUGACAGAAUUUAAAUAUAAAGUAUAGAUUAAUAAACUGCAAUACUAAGCGCAGGAUAAUAGAAUACAUAUUUUUUAUUUUUUUAAAUUUUAAAAUAUUAAGAUAAUUAAAAAUUAUUAUAUAAAAGCUGUAUAGUCUAUUUUAUUUAUAACGAAAUUGUGUAUUUCUAAAAUUCAUUAUUGUUGAUGAAAAUAUUGUGUAAACAUGUUAUUUUUAUUUUUUACUAAACAUUUUAUUGUUUGUUAUAUUAUUAUUAAAAUAUUUUUGUUUUUAAAGUAUAAUAAUAAUAUAUUUUAGUUAAUUAACAAAAACUUUGAAUGAAUAUGUAGCAAGAUCUACAUUUAAAUUAAAUUAUUUAUAAAAUAAUACAAUUUUUUUUUUUAAUUUAUUGGACAGUUAAUGUGUAUAUUUCCUAUUAAUGCUUGAUAGUUACAUUUUUUUUUCAUGUUUUAUUUUAUUAUGACUUUUUUUAACCACGUUCUUUAAUAGAAAAACCAUAAUACAUUAUCAAUACAAUUAGUUUGGUUAAAUAAUUAAUUUAAAAUGUAUUUCAUAAUAAGUGACCAAAGUUUGGUAUAUUGCAUACAUUUUAUUACCAAAUAUAAUUAAAAGUUAAGUAUAUAAUUUGUUAAUGAAUUGUAAAUGAACGCUUUUAAAAACAUCUAAUACAUUAUAUCUUUUUUUAAGUAAGCACUGUGAUACAAAAAAACUAAAUUUAAUUUAUGUCUAUGGCUUUUCUGCAAUGUCUUUAAGACAUUAGAUAUUAAUUAUGUGAUAAGUUAUAGUUUCCAUAUAUGCAUACAUACAUAUGAUAUGUAUAUGUAUGUAUGUGUGUAACUCAUGCAUAUUUAUAAACAAUGUACACUAUGAUUUUAGAAAUUUAGCAAUAAUAAUUUGAUUCAAGGGUAAAAUAAUAAAAUGUUAGUUUAUUUAUGUUCAUAUUAAGUUAAGUAAUUUUAAUGUAAUAUAAGAAAUCCGUUAUUUUGUAUUAAGAUUAUUUUUUGUUUUUGUUAUUUUGUCAAUUAAAACGUCUAAACCAAAAAAAAAACAAUGUAAUUCACAUGCUACAUAAUAUGUUUAAUGGUCUAUAAUUUUAAAUAUGAACUAUGUGAUAAGUUACAGUGUAAAUAGAGGUGCAUAUCAUCAUCUAGAUCUUAAAAUGUUAAAACAAAAAUGACAAUAUUUUUUUUACUUGAUAUGAAUUUUUAUACAGCUAUUUUUGUUAGCCAUAUGAAUGAGGACAAUUUCACAUAUUUGAUAUAUUUUAGUUAAAAUUUCAGCAAAAUUGAAUGUUAUUAACUAAUAAUUACUAUCACUUUUAUAUUAUUUAUGUUAACAUUUAUACUUACGUGUAAGGAAUGUUUUGUAUUGUAUAAACAUAAAACAUUAAUUUUGUUGGUUGUAUGGGCUAGGUUAAUUCAUAUUUAUUUAAUUCAGUUUACAUUAUAAUUUGUCUUAAUACUUUUGGUUAAACGGUUUUAAAUAAUACAUGCAUUUAUUAUCAAUGAUUAACAACAUAUUUUUCUUUGUUUUAGUUUUACUUAUAAAAAUAAAUGCAUGUGAUUUGUGUAUUUA